AUGUUCGUCGCCACGCGCCUGCGCCGCGCCGUGCGCGCCGCGCACGACAGCGGCAACCUCUACGUCGGCCUCGGCGCCGCGGGCCUCGUCGCCUCCGGCGGCCUCGCCUACCGGGAGUGGCGCGAGGACCAGCGGCUCGAGGCCAUGCGCGAGAUCCGCGCGCAGAUCCGCGACCUGAAGAAGGACCAGGACGAGAAGCUGCGGGCGAAGCGCGAGGGCGCGCGGUUCAGCGACCGCAAGGUGCUUUUCACGGCGACGAUCAAUCGACGGGUGCACGCGGCCAUCGGCUUCGACGGCCCGCUCGCGCUGACGCAGGUCACGGCGGGCCAACCCGUCGCCGUGCUCGAGGUCGACAUCGGCCCCGAGGGCGGCUACCACGAGUGCCGCAACGAGUUCGGCGAGGGCCUCUACCCGAAGGCCUACAUCACGCCCGACGACGCGACGGCCUACGACGCCACGGCCGCGGGCGACGGCGCGAGCUCGAAGCACGUAUGCUAG